UUCUAGAAUAUGAUCAUCAAUAUGAUAAUAUUAAUGAUAUGAUUGUAUAUAAAUUUAUGUUGAAUCAAUUCACUAAAAAAUAUUAUUUGGAAAUUAUUAUAAUUUUAAAAUGAGUUCAGUUAAUAGUAUUAUUCACUGUAAUUAUUUCAAUGAAACUUUAAGAGAAUGGCAAUGUCAAAAUAGUGUAAUAAAAUCUGCUAACUUGAUGUAUCCAAUUUUUAUUUUAGAUGAGGAUAUGAAAGAAGAAAUAAAAUCAAUGCCAGGAGUCUAUCGGCAAGGUAUAAAUCAUUUGAGAAAUUUACUUGAUCCAUUAGUAAAAUUAGGUUUAAAAUCUGUACUUCUAUUUGGUGUUAUAAACAAACUACCCAAAGAUUCUUAUGGAUUUCAUGCCGAUUCUGUUCAAAAUCCUGUUAUAGUAGCUUUACCACUAUUAAAACAAUGGUAUCCUGAUCUCACAAUAGCAUGUGAUGUAAGAAAAUAUGUUUGUCUUUGUGCUUAUACAUCACACGGUCAUUGUGGGAUAAUUGAAAAUCAGUUAAUAGAUAAUACCAAAAGUAUAAAGCGUUUAGGAGAAAUUGCAUUAGCAUAUGCUUUAGCUGGAGCUCAUAUUGUUGCACCAUCAUGCAUGAUGGAUGGUCAUGUAAAAUCAAUAAAACAACAUUUAAUGGAAGGGGGCUUAAUUAGUAGAGUAGCUGUUCUGUCAUAUUCUGCCAAGUUUUGUUCAACAUUUUAUGGGCCUUUUAGAGAUGCAGCUAAUUGUGCACCAAGUUUCAGUAAUCGAGCUUCAUAUCAAUUACCUGUUGGAAGUUAUAAUUUAGCUGAGAGAGUAGUGGAUAGAGAUGUAUCAGAAUGCUGUGAUAUGAUUAUGGUAAAACCCGGAAUGAUGUACUUAGAUAUUAUUAAAAAUGUCAAAAACAAAUAUCCUCACAUACCCUUAUUUAUAUACCAAGUUUCUGGAGAAUAUAGUAUGAUUUAUCAUGCUGCUCAAGCUGGAGUUUUUACUUUGAGAAAUGGUUUAAUUGAAAUUUUACAAAGCAUGAGAAGGGCAGAUGUUAUUGUCUCUUAUUAUACUCCUGAAAUUUUAAAAUGGUUAAAGGAAGGUGAAUUAUAAUUUAUGGUUAAGCGUGCGUAUCUUUAAAAUAUACUUUUAUCAAAGUAUUUUUUUUUACUUGUACAAGUUAUUAUUAUAUGUUAAGUAGUUAAAUAUUAUGAAAUAUUUGUGGUUGAAGUCUUAAAGUAUAAUUUAAAAAGAACAACUAUUUAAUUAUUUUUGUAAUAACUUAAUUGUUGUUAUAGUCAUUAUUUACUUUUAUAUAUUUAUUAAUUUUAGACAUGAAUAAAAAAUAAUUUAUAAUUAUGCAAUUAAUGG